CCUCCUCGUCCACACCCUCCCUUUCGACAUUCCCCUCCGCAGCGCUCAUGGACUGUCGCCACUUCAUGAGUGUCAAACAUCGUUCAUAGACUUCUCACCAUAUACCCACCACAGCUCUUCAGCAGGCCCACAAACUAGGGUCCUUCCGUACACAGUACACCUUCCCUUUUCCGCUCAAUGGACGGCGCACAAGACUCCCGCUCACAGCCUCCACAACCCCACUCUGAACAAUCCAGCAACCCGAUCCAUCCCAACUCGAAUAUUCGCAGGUCUUCUCGGCUCUCCAUCAGUACUACGGCCGCCGAACUACCUUCAACUGCCAGUUCCAGAGGAAAGAAAAGAGUAACAAUAGACGAAGCCUCCCUGCACUCAACUGAUAGGAAACAGCCACCACAACCUUCCAGUUCAUCGAUACCUGGCCCCGAAACCGAUCGCAAAGGCAAAAGGCGCGUUACUCAGCUGUCAUCCUCCGCGGAGACACCUCCAACGAAAAAGCCAAAGCGUUUUUCUGCAUCAUCUGCUGGGUCGACGUCGACUGCCACGAAAAGAUACGAGUUACGAACCAAGCCUGAAGAUCAAGUUUCCACUAGUGUAAAAGAGGAAGAGAAGAAUAAAAAUUUUAAGAACAUGCCAUCCAAAUCAAACCCCAGGAAGGGAAGCGGUUUCGGAAAUUCAAGUGAACGAGGAAAGAAAGGCGAGACAUCUGCGCGGCAUCUUGUCAGUGAUGAGUACGACGACGAAGACGAUUCUCUUUGGAUUGACGAGCCGGAGGGCGAUGUGACGGUAGCAGAGGAAAGUGAUAUGGCCGACGAUUACGAUCAUGAAGAAGAUGAUGAGGACGAUGAGGAUGGAGAUGGGGAUGAAAAUGGAGACAAUGAUGGUCCUGGCGGGGGCUUUGGCAAUUCCGCCUAUGAUCGCCUUGCUCGUUUAGCGUCAGAAAGCGGAGUUAAUCUUGACGAUGCCACUGCGGCUUUGUUUGGGUCUGGUUUCCGUGCGUUCGGUGGCGUAUCUUCCGGCCUGUCAAAUCGCUUGCGGAGGCUGAAGAAAAAACUUCAUUCCAAACGAAUCGCCACUCGACUUGCAGCGCUGCGAGAAUGCAGCGAGCUGCUUCUAGUGAGCAACGAGGACACUCUCGGCGGUACCUUCUCUCCCACAUCUUUCGCCACCGAAUUUGUUGCCAUCUUGGACGGCAGACCCAAUAUUGAAGAGGGCGAAAGUGAUGAGGAGGAGUCAGUGUAUGAUGAUAUGGACGAAGACGCUCAGCUAGCUGCGGCAUUAGCUCUUAGCUCCGGUGACGCUCCUGGAACUGAUGGUGAAGAAGAUGAGAUGGAAUGUCAACUUGUGGCUUGCCGAUGUCUGGCGCACUUGAUGGAAGCCUUGCCUGGUUGCGGGCAUGCCUUGGUCCAGAUAGGAGCGGUGCCAAUUCUUUGCUCCAAACUUACUGAAAUAUCAUACAUUGAACUGGCAGAGCAAACUCUUAGCACUUUGGAAAAAAUCUCUGCAGAGUAUCCCUCCGCAGUCGUCCGCGAGGGCGGCCUGGGUGCCCUGCUUAAUUUCCUUCCCUUUUUCUCCACCAAUGUACAGCGCACAGCUGUAACCGCAGCUGCCAAUUGCUGUCGAAACAUUUCCAGCGAACACUUUUCUAAAAUCAAAGAAGUUUUCCCCAUCUUGCGCGAUACUCUUUCUUCUGGCGAUCCUCGUCUUGUCGAGCAGGCCACACUUGCUAUCGUUCGAACCACGGAAUCCUACAGACACAAUGCCGAUCAUCUGGAAGGUCUUCUCGAUGUUCCCACCGUGUCAGCGAUCAAUGCUCUUCUGUUGCCUUCUGGCGGUUCUCCGCUUAUAACUCCUUCCACCUACACCCACCUCUUAAAAGCUCUUACUACUUCUGCUCGUGGUUCUGCCAAAGUGUCAAUUGCUUUGCUGGAAGCCGGAAUGGUCAACUCGAUCUAUCAAAUUCUCACUGGUGUUCUUCCUUCUUCUAGCGAAGAAGGUGAGCACGGCGAUUCUUCAAAUGCCCAAGGUCUGGCUGGAAGUAUUACCGAUAUGGCAGUGCUCCAAAACCUUUCUCACCGACCGAAAGAACAAGUAGAGGAAGCGUUAGCGCUCAUUUGCGAGCUUUUGCCCCCUGUACCCAAGGACGGAGUCUUUGAUGCCAAGGCCUAUAGCGAAAAGAAUCUGCAAAGGGUCAAAAAGGGCCGCAAAUCGGAUAGUCCGUCGGAUAGGCCGAGAAGGAGCAGUCGAGUGGCGGAAGCGUCCUCUAGCACUAACACUGCUGGACCCAGUACUCCAGUUGCCCUCAAUAAAGACUCAUCCGAUCGUAGCCCGAGCGAUCUAAUCUCUGCACUGCAAGCCAAUCGCGAGGCUGCUGCUCAAAGAGCUCGCAAAGACGCUGAAACCCAGAUGCAAUUGCGCUGCGACCUCUGCCAGAGUAACACCGAGCUCAUUGGGCAAUUUAUCAAGACAGUCUUACCAGUGCUGGUUGAUGUCUAUGCGGCUUCCGUGGUAUUAAGAGUACGAACAAAGGUACUUGUCGGUUUGGUGAAGGCAGUGUCGUUUGCCCCAGAGGAGCAACUGAACGUAACACUCAAGUAUGUUCCAAUGGCCAGUUUCCUCUGUGCUAUCAUCUCUUCCAAGGACAAUGAUGCUUUUGUCCUUCACGCUUUGCAAAUUGUUGAGCUACUUGUGACCAAGCUCCCUGAUAUAUAUCAGGUGUCGUUCUUGCGAGAAGGUGUGGUGUAUGAAAUUGAAGCCCUAGCCAAUUCAGAAACGAAAAAAGAAAAGGCUGCAAAGGAGGCUACCAAGAACAAGGCUGGCGAGGUCGAUAAUGCGGAUUCCAGGCCUGCUACGCCGUCCAAUCCUCCUGGCGCUUCUGAAAUCCCCGGCGAUCUCAGAUCACUUCUGACUCUUUCCGGUGUCAGCAAUCAAAUCCUUUUCGGUCAAACCUCUGGUCAAUCGACUCCCAGGAAGUCCAGCUCCCACCUAGACCCCCAUGAUGCCAAUAUCAUUCGUGCUCGUAUGCUUAUGGCCAAGAAGAUCUUUGACACCGGUGGCGACAACCAGAAAGCGGCCUCCAAGGUACUGGCAAAUAUCAGUGACUUGGUGAAGAGGCUUUGUGAGCCAGGAGCAUCUGAAGCAGAUUUGAGAGAGGCCCUGAGAGAAACAGCAUCACAGUUUUCAAGUGUCGAACAAAGUCUGUCCAGCUUCGAGCUUCUUCAGAGUGGUUUAGUGGACGGUCUCCUUGAUUUUGUGAAAAUCCAGGGUCAAGUAUCCCCCGCCGACAGGCAGGCAAUGCUCUUUGAUAUAUUCUCUGAUAAGUCCUUUUCCAACCCGAAUCCUUUGACGAUUCUUGUGAAGCGUCUCCACGAAAGUCUCGGUCGAUUGGAGAGUUUUGAUGUGGAGACUGCUUUUGGAGGGGGUUCCGAUCCUUCCCGCCCCUCAACCUCAAGUGUACAUCGCACGAUGCGGAUUCGACUCGUGGCAGAUGAGGGCGAAGAUAUUCCUAAAAACGUCAGUCAGUUAGUCAUUACCAUCCAGGCUAUUGCUUCUAUUAAAAGCGUCCAUGACUAUUUGAGGCCGCGCAUUGCGGAUGGGAAUUUUGGCUCCGGAUUUUCGCAAAUGUUUGCGGCAUACGCGGCAGGCAGGUCAGGUGGUGCCCCUGGGUCAAGCACAUCGAGACUUCUCAACGCUCUUGCCGGCAACCCUGGCAGUGGUGCCUCACCCGGUUCUCAUGCUGCUGCUCCGUCUGUCCCAGCACGAGCGAGCAGCAAUGCUGAAUCGGGCCCAUCUGGUGGCAGAUCGCCACAACGACGCCGCAGUGCCCGGCUUAAUCCCCCUGGUGAUGCUGAGUCUGCCGCCGAUGAAGCACCAACGGCUGCAGCGAGGGUGACGUCUCCGUCCUCGUCUACCCUUCUUUCGCCUACUACAUUGACCACUUCUGAGCGGAGGCCCAUCCUGCCAGCUAUGUCCAUGGGAAUGGAUUUUGAUGAUGAAGAGGACUACUCGGAGGAUGAGUACGACGCCCCUGUGAUCGAUCAAGUCAUGGAGGAAGAUCUUGCUGCUACAGGACCCAGCGAAAGUGUUGUUAAUAUGGACGUUACUGCCGACGGGUCUCGUGUUGAGGCCAAGACACCUCAAGGCACUCGCAUCGCCACUCCGCAACAGAAUAUUCCAGUCACUGGGCCAUCCACUGCUACCUUCAGCCGCAUUGCUCCAUCGCGAUCUAGUUCUUACGCUGGAGCUUUGAAAACGGAGCCUACUGAUUGGCACCUCGAAUUUUUCCUUAAUGGUGAAAAGCUUGAUAUCCAUGACACCAUCUACGGAGCAAUCUACAAGCAUAAACAUGCUACUGGUCUCAGCGGCGUGAAUGACUUUGUAACAACCCCAGUCAUCAAAUUUAGGAAAGUUGAAGGUCCACUUCCAACAAAGGAAACUGUUGCUGAGCGUUCAUCGACAACUGCCUCGAGUCCCCUUCCAUCUACAUUCGAGCCAUCCGUAUCUUCGACUUCGAAGAUUUUACAUCUUUUACGGGUCGUACACGAUUUGUCCAUUGAUGGACGCGAUAACUUAGGUGACGUGAAAGGCUCCUUGGACGAGAAUCUGUUUGUGAACAACAAAUUAACUGCAAAGUUGACGAGACAACUCGAAGAGAUUCUCAUCAUCGCCAGCAACUGUCUUCCUACAUGGGCUAUCGAUUUGCCGAAGCACUUCUCCUUCCUGUUCCCUUUUGACACGCGCUAUAACUUCUUACAGCUUACCUCAUUUGGCUUCCCUCGUCUUCUUCUCAAAGUUCAACAGUCGAGCCGAUCGCGGGACGACAUGCCAAAUAUCGCCAAUCUUCUUCGUCGUAAGGUGCGAAUUUCAAGAACACAGCUCUUAGAAUCUUGUGCCAAGGUUAUGGAGAUGUACGCCACGUUUCCUGGAACCCUUGAAGUGGAGUACUUUGAUGAGAUAGGGACUGGUCUUGGUCCUACCUUAGAGUUUUAUGCUCUUGCUUCCAAAGAAUUCGCCAGGAGGAAUCUUCACGUGUGGAGAGAUGAAGAUCCUAGCAUUGCGGGCAACUAUGUUCACCAUCCUCACGGCCUUUUCCCCUCUCCUCUUCCUCGUGCUUCUGCUGAACUCGUGGCAUCUCGUCUCAAGUGGUUCAAGACGCUCGGUCAAUUUAUCGGUCGCUCCAUGCUUGAUAGCAGGAUAAUCGACAUCAGUUUUAACAAGGUUUUCUUGAAGCUGUUGCUAGACAAACCGAUCAAGAAGAAUCUGUCGACCCUAAGGGCGGUUGAUCCCUCGCUUGCCCGAUCGUUAGAGAGGCUGCAAGGGUAUUACUGUGUCAGGAAGGAGAUUGAAGCGCUUCCUAUUCCUGCUUCUUCCCGACGGACAAAACUGGCUGCGUUGACCGUUGGCGACGCGAAACUUGCAGACCUUGCGCUCGAUUUCACUCUUCCUGGUUAUGAUAUCGAGCUCAAGCCCGGUGGUGCGCAUAUUGAGGUGGACGACAGCAAUCUAGGUGAAUAUCUGGAAAAGGUACUGGAUUGGACUUUAGGGUCCGGUGUGGCCGAACAAGUGAAAGCAUUCCAAGAUGGCUUCUCAUCUAUCUUCCCCAUAAAGAGCAUCAAGAUAUUUUCACUUGAUGAGCUUUAUCUGUUAUUUGGCAACGCCGAUGAAGAUUGGUCCCGCGAGACACUCGAGGUGGCCAUCAAAGCUGACCAUGGGUACAACCAAGAUAGUCGGGCUGUGCAGAAUUUGAUCGAGGUCAUGUCCUCGUAUAAUAAAGAGCAACGACGGCAAUUUCUCCAAUUCAUGACUGGUGCACCCAAAUUACCCAUCGGCGGUUUUAGAGGUCUCACUCCGCCGUUCACUGUGGUUCGAAAACCUCACGAGCCUCCCUACAAGGCCGAUGAUUAUCUUCCUAGCGUAAUGACCUGUGCUCUGUACCUGAAAAUGCCGGAUUACUCUAGCAAAGAGGUCCUGGCUGCUCAAUUUGAACGAGCAAUGAGGGAUGGCAGGGGAUCUUUCCUACUAUCAUAGAAAACUCACAGCAAAUUUCAUAUUCAUAUCAUUUCACUGCCAUAGCAUUACAGCAAUUCAUCACUUGUUGCGCUCUCGACGAUCGAUCAUUGGGGCGUGGCCUUCUUUCCAUUUUCUAUUUUCCGCCUGCAAAACUUCUCCUUCUGUAUCGUAGAAUCUCC